AUGAAGCAUGAAAUUGAGAAGAAAUUUGCAUCGCGCAUUUUCAACAGUGAAGAAUUAAAAGUGAAUAAAAAAAUUUGUUCGUUUGAUAAUCUACUGGAGAUGUUAAAGGAGGGGGGAGUGGUGUCUGAGGAGGUUCUGGAUUUUUGCAUCCGGUUGAGUUUGCUUUCGAACAAGUGCCAAGUUAUUCGGACCUAUGUGGUGUAUAAUUACGUGGGACUGGUGAAGAUUCUCAAGAAGAGGCGGAAGCGCUGCUGGAGCGACGCAGAGGGGCUCGCUGAUCGAGAAGCGGCUCAAGAAGCGGAUCGAGAAGCGGAUCAGUCGGAGAGCCGCGCCCAGCUGGACCACCUCACCUCCGCGCCAAACGCUGUGGCCAAGGAAGUGGCUAGCAUUGUGGCCACGUACUCAUGGUGUCUCUCCGAUGAGCUGCCCCAACUCAUAACUUCAGUAAAUAUCAUCUCCGACGAGUUCAUGCAGCAGCUGUGCAACUCCCCCGUGACGUCGGAGAAGUACACAUGCCCAAUCUGCCUAUGCCUGAUUCACGAUCCCGUGACUUUAAAUUCGUGCUUCCACUCCUUCUGCUGGAACUGCCUAGCGACUGCCAUCCAAAAGUACUCGAUCGAUAACUGCCCCUCGUGUAGGACCAAAAUUGUUUACGAUCGGGAUUCUUUCAAAAUUGAUGGCAUUUUGUAUUUUGACGACUACCUGACCGUUUUGAAUAGCAUUGAUAAGAAUGAGAUGGAGGACAUGGGUCGGGAGAGUGACUGUUGUAGCGAUGAAUAUCGCGAAGGUGCUUUUCCCCAGUCGGACAGGACAAAGCUGGGUCCCAAGGGGGGCGCACAGGACGCAUCGUACCGCCUGGUCAGCGACGUCAUUAGCUACGCCUUUAGCUAA